AUGUCUUUUCGCGUGGUGCGCUCGAGCAAGUUUCGCCACGUGUACGGAACUCCCCUGAAGCGCGAGCAAUGCUACGAUAAUAUCAGGGUCUCCAAGUCGUCAUGGGAUUCGACGUUCUGCGCCGUGAAUCCCAAGUUCCUCGCCAUUAUCGUAGAAUCGGCCGGUGGCGGUGCCUUUAUCGUCUUGCCGCACAACAAGGUAGGAAGAAUACCAGCGGACUAUCCUUUAGUGGGCGGACACAAAGGACCUGUACUAGAUAUUGCAUGGUGUCCCCAUAACGAUAACGUCAUAGCUUCCGGUUCCGAAGAUUGUGUUGUCAAAGUAUGGCAGAUACCUGACGGUGGUAUUUCCAGGACACUGACCGAAUCGAUAGUAGAUCUGCAAUUGCACCAACGUAGAGUUGGUCUAGUGCUGUGGCAUCCGUCUGCAUUAAACGUGUUGCUCACAGCUGGCUCGGACAAUCUUGUUAUUAUUUGGAACGUUGGUACCGGCGAAGCCUUAGUGCGAAUCGAGUCUCAUCCAGAUGUGGUUUAUUCCGCAUGUUGGAACUGGGACGGGUCCCGAUUGGUCACCACGUGCAAAGAUAAGAAAAUUCGAAUUUUGGACCCGAGGUCAGGCGAAAUAUUGGAGGAAGCUGUAGCACACGAAGGAAGCAAGGCGACACGUGCGAUCUUCCUCAGGGGUGGCUUGAUCUUCACAACGGGCUUCAGUAAAAUGUCGGAGAGGCAGUACUCGUUGCGAGCCCCCGACAUGUUGGGCGAGCCUAUAGUUAUGGUAGAAUUAGACACGAGCAAUGGAGUUAUGUUCCCUCUGUACGAUCCCGACACGAACCUAGUGUACCUGUGCGGCAAGGGUGACUCUGUGAUUCGAUACUUCGAGAUUACGCCCGAGCCGCCGUUCGUUCACUACAUCAACACUUUUCAAACUCCCGAUCCUCAGAGGGGUAUAGGUAUGAUGCCAAAACGAGGCUGUGACGUUAAUAGCUGUGAAAUAACCAGAUUCUAUCGAUUAAACAAUUCGGGCUUCUGCCAAGUAGUGUCUAUGACGGUGCCGAGGAAGUCUGAGCUCUUCCAAGAGGAUCUGUAUCCCGAUACUGCCGGUGACACGGCUGCAAUCUCGGCGGAAGAAUGGCAGUCCGGAACUGACGGGGAGCCCAUACUGAUAUCUCUCAGGGACGGUUAUCAGCCGUCUGCCUCCAAGAAUGAACUUAAAGUACAAAAGAAAUCUAAUAUAUUGAGCAAAGGCGCCAAGGUAGCGUCUAACGCCGCGCAAAAUGCCGUGCAAGUCUCACCGGGAGCUUGCGAGGAAUUGUUGAAAGAAUGCAGAGAAGAGAUACGAAAGUUAAAAGCAGUGAUCGUAAAGCACGAAGGAAGGAUACGAGUGCUGGAGUCGGCGGUCGCUCUCCAAAUGAAGGAAGAAGAGAGGAAGGAGAAAGAGAAGUCCGCCUCUCCCGACGGCAAGGAAGCGCUCGCCUCCGACGAAGUGUGAAACCCUCCGGGUUUUAUUCCCCCUCAUAUUCCCCCCCCCCUCUUCUCACACCCCGUGACAAAAUUUCUAACUAGAGCGUAUUUUCUUUUUUCUUUUUUUUCACUAGAACCACUAAUAUCGUGUAAUAAGAGAAUGAUCGUAUAUUUUGAUAUAACAACUUGUGUAAAUAGUAGGUUUUAGCGAUGCCGUGUGUCUUUGACCCUCUGCAACGAUCUUUGCUAUUUAUUGUACAUCCAUUCAUCGUACAUUCUCUGCAUUUGUAUUAUGUUUACAUAUUUUAUUAUUAUUAUAUAUAUAUUUAUAUAUAUAUAUAUAUUUUACAGGCGUUGGCCACACAUGACAAUACAUGUCGCUAGAGUUAAGUUUUCGAUCGAUAUAACGGUACGGCGUACGUGACUUUUAUGUAUAUGAAACUCUUUGUACGAAUAACGAAAUUCGUGAUACAUGCGAGUGCCUAACUUGUACAGAUAUUUGCUGUUAAAUAACAAAGAAUAUUAUUUUGUUUCAA